UGGGGUUACGUGUGGGUGACGUGGCGGCUCCUAGUCUUUGGUCGAGUUUCGGAGGCUUCCUCGCCCGGGGAGUAGGCGGUGACGGCCCAGGAGAUUGUGGCGGCGGCGGCGGCGGCAGGCGGCGGAGAGGAGUCCGAGGUUAUGCGUCUCAAUGAUCCCGCGGAAACGCUACGGGACUAAGAACACGGAUCAGGGUGUCUACCUGGGUCUCUCAAAGACACAGGUCCUGUCCCCUGCAACUGCUGGCAGUAGCAGCAGCGACAUCGCCCCUCCGCCCCCCCCAGUGGCCCUGGUCCCUCCCCCUCCCGACACCAUGUCCUGCCGGGAUCGGACCCAGGAGUUCCUGUCUGCCUGCAAAUUCCUGCAGAGCCGUCAGAAUGGGAUACAGACAAACAAGCCAGCUCUCCGUGCUGUCCGGCAGCGCAGUGAAUUCUCCCUCAUGGCCAAGCGCAUUGGGAAAGACCUCAGCAACACCUUCGCCAAGCUGGAGAAGCUGACGAUCUUGGCAAAGCGCAAGUCCCUCUUUGAUGAUAAAGCAGUGGAGAUUGAGGAGCUAACGUAUAUCAUCAAACAGGAUAUCAAUAGCCUCAACAAGCAGAUCGCCCAGCUUCAGGAUUUUGUGAGGGCCAAGGGCAGCCAGAGCGGCCGGCACCUGCAGACCCAUUCCAACACCAUAGUGGUCUCCCUGCAGUCAAAGCUGGCUUCCAUGUCUAACGACUUCAAAUCCGUCUUAGAAGUAAGGACAGAGAACCUGAAGCAGCAGAGGACCCGGCGGGAGCAGUUCUCCCGAGCGCCUGUGUCAGCCCUGCCCCUUGCCCCCAACCACCUGGGAGGCGGUGCUGUGGUUUUGGGGGCAGAGUCCCGUGCCUCCGGGGAUGUGGCCAUCAACAUGUUGGACGCUCGGACCAGCCAGCAGCUACAGCUCAUUGACGAGCAGGAUUCCUACAUCCAGAGCCGGGCAGACACCAUGCAGAACAUCGAGUCCACAAUCGUUGAGCUGGGCUCCAUCUUUCAGCAGUUGGCACACAUGGUUAAGGAACAGGAAGAAACCAUUCAGAGGAUUGACGAGAACGUGAUGGGAGCCCAGCUGGAUGUUGAGGGCGCCCAUUCAGAGAUCCUCAAGUACUUUCAGUCAGUUACCUCCAACCGGUGGCUCAUGGUCAAAAUCUUCCUCAUCCUCAUUGUCUUCUUCAUCAUCUUUGUGGUCUUCCUUGCCUGAACCUUCUCCACCCUAAGGCACUCCGUGGGGGUUUGCAACCCACCUGGGAGGGCAGGUGGCCAGUGCUGCCACUGAGCCUGCGCAGGGUGCUUGGGAGAAAGGCCCUGUUUUCCUGGAACUGCUAAGAAUGGCCACUGCCCCUGGCCCCCCACCCCUUGCCUCUGGCCAGCCACCUGUCCUCCCCUCACCACCCUCAGGCCCUGAAACACAGGGUUCUGGAUUUGGAUUCUGCUGUGAAGUGGCUGGAAAGGAGCAGUGGCCACCUAGGGGCCAGUGAGGAGGUUGUCUCCACUAGGAGAUUUUUAUAAACCCUCCCCAGCCUCUCCCAAAGGGAAGUGUGGCAGCAAGGGGAGAUGAUGCCCUUCCUCACAUCCUGAGAGUGAGGAGAGGAAGCGAAACUGCCCCCGGGACCAACUUUCCCAUCUGGGUUAAAAUUUGACCUCUUUCUUCCUCUCUUCACUAUGUGAGGCAGGGGCCCUGAGCACCUCAGCUGCCCACACAACCCCAACUUUGGCUGCUGGUGACUCAGUCUGCCAAAGGAGCUGCAGCUGUUUCCUCCCAAUUACAGCAAGACUGACAGCCUCCCUAGCCAUGUCGUCAUUUCUGGGUGGGAGCGUCGAAGGGCCUAGGCAGCAAGUGGGGUGAGCCCAUACCCAGUUCAAGAACUGAAAGGGUUGGGCCAAUGGCUGUGAGGCGCCAGGCGUUGGGCUCUGUGCACAGUGGCCUCCAGGCAGGAGAAGCAAGUACCGCAGCACUUCAUUAGCAUGGCAACUUCCCUUCAACGGGGCAAGCAGGACCUCAGAGUGCAUUCCUGAUGGGUGGCAACUUCCGGGACCAUCUCCAGCAGUAUCUGGACCUGUUUCAUCUGCUAACUGGUUGGUCCCAGUUUUUCCUUGAGCUGGAUGAAGCCGGAGCUCGAGUGAAAGGUGAAGAAUUCAUUCCCAGUUCCAGCUGAGGCUCUUGGUUCCCUCCAAGCCAGUCACAGGAGAAUGAGACCUGCCUGGAAUACCCACCCUCCAGAAAGGUUAAUAUGCCUUGUCAUUCCUGACCAGGACCCACAACCACAUCAUUAUGAGGUCACUGGAGUCCUCUCAUCUCAACACAAAGGAAGCUCAAGCUAUAGAGACAACAAUCACCAUACACUGGCUUGGCCUAGUACUUUGGGGGGUCUAGGAGAGUCCACGCCUUUCUAGCUCUGGCAUUUUAAUAUUUCCUCUCCCCUUGGCCUCUGUUCAGUAGGUGGUCUUGCUGGACUCUUCAAUACCCAGUUGACACACCAUGUGGGCCUGGCAUAGCACAUCUGUGGUAGAUGGGGAGGUUUGUGAAGACAAUUGCUCACUAAAGCCUGACAAAUCAA